UCUGAUUCACCUGAUCAGCUCCUGUCCAGCGGUCUUAGAUGGAGGGUCUUGUCUCAGAAAUAAGGCCUUCUGGAGACUGUAAGGAGUGGGUCACUGCAUCAGAAAUGAGUUUUAAAAGUGUCCCAGAGGAGAGAUCAGUGUCACCUGUACCGAGCUGUAUAUCCAUGAAGAGUGACAAGUCAAUGCCUGAACCAAUCUACUUUAAGGAUGGACAGUCUUCUGCAGGUGUAAGUGUCCAACAGGUGAGAUCAGGGUCACCUGUACCGAGCUGUAUAUCCAUGAAGAGUGACAAGUCAAUGCCUGAACCAAUCUCCUUUAAAAAUGGACAGUCUUCUGUAGGUCAAAGUGUCCAACAGGUGAGAUCAGGGUCACCUGUACCGAGCUGUAUAUCCAUGAAGAGUGACAAGUCAAUGCCUGAACCAAUCUACUUUAAGGAUCAACAGUAUUCAGCAGGUCAAAGUGUCCAGCAGGAGAGAUCAGUUUCACCUGUACCUACCUGUAUAUCCAUGAAGAGUGACAAGUCAAUGCCUGAACCAAUCUACUUUAAGUAUGGACAGUCUUCAGCAGGUCAAAGUGUCCAACAGGAGCGACCAGUGUCACCUGUACCCAGCUGUGUAUCGAUAAAGAGUGACAAGUCAAUGCCUGAACCAAUCUCCUUUAAGGAUGGACAGUCUUCUGUAGGUCAAAGUGUCCAACAGGUGAGAUCAGGGUCACCUGUACCCAGCUGUAUAUCCAUGAAGAGUGACAAGUCAAUGCCUGAACCAAUCUACUUUAAGGAUCAACAGUAUUCAGCAGGUCAAAGUGUCCAGCAGGAGAGAUCAGUUUCACCUGUACCUACCUGUAUAUCCAUGAAGAGUGACAAGUCGAUGCCUGAACCAAUCUACUUUAAGGAUCAACAGUAUUCAGCAGGUCAAAGUGUCCAGCAGGAGAGAUCAGUUUCACCUGUACCUACCUGUAUAUCCAUGAAGAGUGACAAGUCAAUGCCUGAACCAAUCUACUUUGGCGGGCAGUCUUAUGCAGUUCAAAGUGUCCAGGAGAAGAGCAUAAUCUCACCCAUACCCAGCUGUAGCUUUAUGAAGAGUAUCAGGUCACCUUGUCAUGAAGUUGAACUCCUGAUGGCAUGUCAGCAGAAACUGAAAUCCCAUCUGAAGAAGAAGUUUCAGUGUGUAUUUGAAGGACAAGCUAAGUAUGGAAACCCAGCCCUUCUGAAUGAUAUUUACACAGAGCUCUACAUAACUGAAGGUGGUACUGGUGGGAUCAGUGAUGAACAUGAAGUGAGACACAUUGAGAGAGCAUUCAAUAAACCAGCUAUACAAGAAACUGCAAUAAAAUACAGUGAUAUUUUUACAACCUUACAUGGAAAAGUUACUCAAAUAAAAACUGUGCUGACGCAGGGUAUUGCAGGCAUUGGGAAAACAGUGACUGUUCAGAAAUUCAUUCUUGACUGGGAAGAAGGAAAAGAAAAUCAAGGCGUUAAUUUUAUAUUUCCCCUUGCUUUCCGGGACCUCAAUUUGAUAAAGGAUAAAGAAUUCAGUUUAACACAACUGAUUCAUUACUUUCUUCCAGAAUUCAAAGAGUUUGGAAUCACUCAUCUUUUGAAUUCCAAAGUUUUGUUUAUCUUUGAUGGUCUGGAUGAGUGUCGCCUUCCUCUAGAUUUUAAGAACAAUGAGAUCUGUUCUGAUGUGACAAAGACAGCCCCACUGGAUAUGUUGUUGACCAACCUCAUGAAGGGGAAUCUGUUUCCUCCUGCUCUCAUCUGGAUAACUUCCCGUCCAGCAGCCGCCACUCAGAUCCCUCCUGAGUGUGUCGAUCGAGUGACAGAGAUACGAGGGUUCAAUGACCCUCAGAAGGAUGAAUACUUCACAAAGAGAUUCAGUGAUGAGGACCUGGCCAAGAGGAUCAUCACACAUGUGAAGUCAUCAAGGAGCCUCUACAUCAUGUGUCAUAUUCCAGUCUUCUGUUGGAUUUCAGCCACUGUUCUUGAGAGGCUCUUUGUUGAGGAACACAGUGGAGAAAUUCCCAAGACUCUCACUGAGAUGUACACACAUUUCCUGAUCUUUCAGACCAGUUUGAAGAAUGAGAAGUAUCUGAAAAAACAAGAAACAGAGCCUCUGAAAUCUUUAGAACUGGAUAAAGAAUUUGUUCUGAAACUGGGGAAGUUGGCUUUCAACAACCUUGAAACAGGAAAUCUCAUAUUUUAUGAGGAAGACCUGAAAGAGAUUGGCAUUGAUGUCAAUGAAGCUUCGGUUUAUUCUGGAAUUUGUACAGAAGUGUUUAGACAGGAGAUUGGGUUGUAUGAGGGGAAAGUUUACUGCUUUGUACAUUUGAGUGUUCAGGAGUAUCUUGCUGCUUUACACAAGUUUCUCUCAAAUACUGAUACUGGCUUGCUGGAAAAAACAGUAAAUGAGGCAAUAUGCAGCAAGAAUGGACACUUAGACCUCUAUCUUCGUUUCCUUCUUGGCCUUUCAGUGGAAUACAGCCAACAGCUUUUAAAAGGUCUACCGUUACAAAGAAUUUCUUGUGAUAUUGCAGAAAUAAAACAAUAUAUCUAUAAGAAGAUCCAUGAGAAUUUUUCUCCAGAGAAGAGCAUUUAUCUUUUUCACUGUCUGAAUGAACUGAACGACAGUUCUGUGGUGAAACGAAUCCAAAAUUACCUGAACUCACAAAAUCUUACAGAAAAGGAAAUAAGUCCCUCCGAGUGGUCAGCUCUGGCCUUUGUGUUGUUGAUGUCAGCAGAGGAAUUGGAAGUGUUGGAGCUGAGAAACUGCAUGUUACGUGACGAAGGUCUUCAGAGGAUGCUGCCAGUGGUCCAAGUCUCCAGAACUGCUCUGUUGAGCUUUUGUUUUCUCACUGAAAGAUGCUGUGAAGCUUUGGCCUCAACUCUGAGUUCAGACUCGAACCUGAGGGUGUUAGACCUGAGUAACAAUGACCUACAGGACUCAGGAGUGAAACUGCUCUCUGCUGGACUGGGGAACCAACAGUGUAAACUGGACACACUGAGAUUGUCUACCUGUAGGCUGACAGAAGGUGGCUGUGCUUCUCUGGCUUCAGCUUUGUGUUCGAACCCUUCACAUCUGAGAGAGCUGGACUUGAGUGACAAUGACCUGCAGGAUUCAGGAGUGGAACUGCUCUCUCCUGGACUGGGGAACAAAUACUGUAAACUGGACAUACUGAGACUGUCUGGCUGUUGUGUCAUGGAAGGAGGCUGUACUUCUCUGGCUUCAGCUCUGCGUUCGAACCCCUGUUCACACCUGAGAGAGCUGGAUCUAAGCUACAAUAACCCAGGGGACUCAGGAGUGAAGCUGCUCUCUGAUCUACUGCAGGAUCCCACCUGCAAACUGGAGAUACUACAUGUGGACCAUGGUGGAGAGUGCAGGAUCAGACCAGGGCUCCUCAAGUACUCCUGUCGGCACACACUGGACCCCAACACAGCAAACAAACACCUGUAUAUAUCUGAGGACAACAGGGAAGUGACAUAUAUGGAAGAUGAACAGUCAUAUCCUGAUCAUCCUGACAGAUUUGGCAAGAGCCUCCAAGUUCUGUGUGCAGAGAGUCUGUCUGGUCGCUGUUACUGGGAGGUUGAGUGGAAUGGAGACAUUGUUGAUGUAGGAGUGACUUAUAAAGGAAUCAGUAGGAAAGGAAGGAGUGGUGACUGUGAGCUUGGACUCAAUGACAAGUCCUGGAAUAUGACCUGCUCUGAUGAGAAAUGCUAUGCCAUUCACAAUAUUAAACGCAGUCCCAUACCUGUACCCACCUCCCACAGAGUAGGAGUGUAUGUGGACUGGGUGGAUGGCGCUCUAUUCUUCUACAGCGUCUCCUCUGGUGAACUGACCCUCCUGUACAAGUUCACCUCCACAUUCACUGAGCCCCUCUAUCCUGCAUUUGGAGUUUGGUGGGACUCAUCACUGUCCCUGUGUGAGCUGGGGUAGGAAAGCACACAUAUAUGUCCUCAAAUCAAGACAUAAACUUUCAUAUUUAUGUCAUUGUUUUUCUCCACUAUGUGCAUAAAAUUAAGGUGUUUUAAUGAACUGUAAACACUCUCGUUGGUUUUUCUGUGGUUUCAUUUUUACUCCAGUGCAGACGACCCACGUUCUGUUCAAAGUCUGUGCGAGAUUCCGCGAGCAGGUGUGCCAGCACGGCUCCUUAAUAGCCGUCCUCUCUGAUCGGUGGCAGGUACAGACGUCAUGCACAAGGCCAUGGGUGUGACACCAUCUUCCAGGCACCGUGUGGACUCAAUUUUAUGAGGCAGCCUGCAUUUUAUAGAUUGCUGGUGAUCUGAUUUUUUUCUAUAUAUAAAUUAUCUUAGGAACAAGCGGUUCAGACAAUGUGUGUGAGUGUGUGUGUAAAUUAUCUUACAUAAUACAAGAUUUGACUUUCUUUAAAAUAGUUUUCUAUCUUUUCCCAGGCAUUGUUUUUUUUCUUCUAACAGCUGUGUUGAUUUUUCCCUCUUAUCACUACACACAGACGCACGCAUGCACGCACACAUACACACACACACUGUCUGAAGCUGCUUGUCC